AUGAGUUUACGAAUAACAACAUGGAAUGUCAAUGGUAUUCGAAAUCCAUUUUCACACCACCCGUGGUUUGGCAAGACCUUCCAAGCAAUGUUCGACACCUUAGAAGCCGAUAUCGUCUGCAUCCAGGAGCUUAGAAUACAAAAGAAAGAUCUUAAGGAUGACAUGGUCCUAGUUCCGGGCUGGGAUUGCUUCUGUACGUUUCCCAAGCAUAAGAAAGGCUAUAGCGGUGUAGCAAUCUAUACCCGUCAAUCAAAAUGCAAUCCCGUGAACGCCGAGGAAGGCAUAACUGGAAUUCUCGUACCCCCUGGUCGCGACGGAAUGACAUACUUAUCCUUGCCAUCGUCUGAGAGCAUUGGUGGUUAUCCCAAGCUUUCGCCCGAGGAAGCUACCUUACUUGAUAGUGAAGGCCGAUGUCUUAUCUUAGACUUUGGGGCAUUCAUCCUAAUCGGUUUAUAUUGUCCAGCGGAUACGGACCCAGCUAGGGACGAUAUCCGUAUUGCGUUCGCUGCGGUAGUGGAUGAACGGAUUCGAAACUUGAUAGAGGUUGAAAAGCGGAGAGUAAUAGUCGUUGGAGAUAUGAACAUUGCGAGAGAUGAGAUUGAUAAUGCCGCUGCAAAGGAAAUUAUGAUGGAAUCUAAUUUAGACAAUUACAAAGACACGCCAACACGCCAAAUUCUUCACAAUUUGUUGGAGCCACAUACUAAUGGUGUCAUGGUCGACCUUUGUAGAGAGUUCUUCCCAGAAAGGCGUGGGAUGUACACGUGUUGGUCUGUUAAAGAAAACGCAAGAUAUUCCUAUUAUUAUCAUAUCCACCUUGAAGUGAAGCCAGGAAACUACGGGAAGCGCAUAGACUAUGUAUUAUGUUCUUCAGACAUGAGAACAUGGUUUAAAGAAGCAAAUAUACAAGAGGGUUUGAUGGGUUCCGAUCACUGCCCAGUCUAUGGAGUAAUCAGUGAGAAAAUAAUCGUCGGGGAACGUGAGCAAUAUCUUCUUGAUAUUGUAAACCCCCCUGGCCUUUUUGUUGAUGGAAAGCGCCUGCCUCAUAAAACCGCCCCGAAGUUAAAGCUAUCUGCACAAGCAUCUAGUGAGUAUGCUACGAGGCAGAAUAUACGGGACAUGUUUUCAAAAGUUGCGGCCCAACCAAGCUCCAGUCUCCAAGCGAAAAAAGCUCUUAAUACUCAUCCACUCUCAAACACGCUCGGAACAUCCUUUGCGACUAUUAGCGGAUCCACGCAAUAUGACCCAGCGAUUUCAGCGCCUUUAGGCACUACGAGAGAGCUUUCUAGUUUUCAUAAAAGCCUGCCAUUAGUCGGGCCGCCAGCAAAACGGCAAAAAAUCGUUCCAUCGGGCCCACCCGGGAAGAAACCCGUUAACGCGACCCCUAAGAAAUCUCAUGGCCAGCAGAGCUUAGUGAGUUUCUUUAAAAAGCAAACAUCUACACAGGAGAGUUCAACUACGUCAUCUGAACCUUCGUCGAGUCGGCAAAGUCCUAAAGGCCCAUCCGCUUCGAUUUCGAGAACCAACAUCGACGCCGAAUUGCAGGAUGUAGAUUCGACCCAAGAUUCAUACAUAGAUGAGGCAUUGACAGAGAGUGGGCUCAUAAUGCCAUUUCAAGAGGGGGAAGGCGCAUUUCCUUUUGUUGAUCCCAUCGAAUCUAAGGAAAAAUGGUCACAAUUAUUCACAAGGCCUGCUGUGCCGAGAUGUGAGGCACAUAACGAGCCUUGUAUCAGGUUAAUAACCAAGAAACCUGGCCCAAAUGUCGGUAGAGCGUUUUGGAUGUGUUCGAGACCACUUGGGCCUAGUGGGAGCAAGCUCACUAGUGGCCAGGCAGGAGAAUGGAGAUGCAAUUUUUUCAAGUGGAGUAGUGAUAAACCUAAAGUUUAG